UCAGUCGGCUCCCGGAGCCCAGGAGCCACGCCAUGCUCCGCCUACUGCUGCUGCUGGCUGGGCUCCUUGGCUUGCUGGCUUCAGGACCCGAAGCAGCACCCCAGAGCCUCUUGAACUCCACUCAAAAUCCAGACGGAGACGGAAACAAAAGCAGUACUGUCCUCCCAUACCAUUUGUUCCGACGUAACGUGUCUGGCAUACCUGCGAAAUAAUUUGUCCUUCAGUUAAGGGGAAAAAAUGCAGCGGCUCCUGUGCUGUGACAAAGGUUCUCAAAAUUCAUUUCUACAAAUUGUAGUUCCAGAGAAAAUCCAAGCAAAUACAAGUCAUAAUUCAGAAGCAGAAAAUGAACAGAUAUCCUAUACUAUUACAAUAGAUGAGAAGCCAUACACUGUACAUCUUAAGCAAAGGUAUUUUUUAGCACAUAAUUUUAUGGUUUAUUUGUAUAACCAAGGAUCUGUGAAUUCUCAUCCUUCAGAUAUUCAGGCUCAGUGCUACUACCAGGGGCAUAUUGAAGGACAUCUGAAUUCUGUUGUCACACUCAGCACAUGCUCUGGAUUGAGUUUGGCGACCGUGGCCAUUGCCGCUAUAAACAUUGGAGUACAGAUGGCCCUUCUUUUCACGACAUCUGUAUCUUUGGGAGGAAUACUGCAAUUUGAAAAUGUUUCUUAUGGAAUCGAGCCUCUGGAAUCUGCAGUUGAAUUUCAACAUCUUCUUUAUAAAUUAAAGAGUGGAAAUAGUGAAUUUGAAGAUCUUAGUGAAGAUAACCAAGGCACAGAACAAAACCCAGGGGACUAUAACAUUUUUGUAAGUGAAAAGUUGGAAUCAGCUGUUCCAGAUUUAAUUCCUCUUUAUGUGGAAAUGCAUAUCGUGGUGGAUAAAGCUUUGUAUGAUUACUUGGGCUCUGAUAGCAUGAUAGUAACAAAUAAAGUCAUUGAAAUUAUUGGCCUUGUAAAUUCGAUGUUUGCCCAGUUUAAAGUUACUGUUGUGCUGUCAUCAUUGGAGUUGUGGUCAGAUAAAAAUAAGAUUUCUACAGUUGGUGGGGCAGAUGAAGUAUUGCGUAGUUUUUUAAAAUGGAAAAAGUUCUAUCUAACUCUAAGGCCUCAUGAUAUUGCAUAUUUAUUCAUCUAUAGAGAUCAUCCAGAUUAUGUAGGAGCAACAAUUCCUGGAAAGAUGUGUGUUACUCAUUAUUCGGCUGGAAUUGCUUUGUACCCCAAGGAGAUAACUUUGGAGGCAUUUUCCAUUAUUGUUGCGCAGAUGCUCGGACUAAGUCUGGGAAUGUCAUAUGAUGACACAAAGAAAUGUCACUGUUCAGGAGCAAUUUGCAUAAUGAAUCCAGAAGCUAUGAGAUCAAGUGGUGUGAAGACGUUUAGCAGUUGCAGUUUGAGUGCCUUUGAAAAUUUCAUUUCAAAUAUGGGUGCCAGAUGUCUUCAGAACAAGCCACGAAUGCGAAAAAAUGUGGCAGCACUCUGCGGCAACGGCAGAGUGGAGAUAGGUGAAGCGUGUGACUGUGGUACUGAGGAACAAUGUGGACCUGCUAGCUGUUGUAAUCCUCACACUUGUAUGCUGAAACCAGGAUCACAGUGUGCUGCAGGAUUGUGCUGCAGGAACUGUAAAAUUGAAAAACGAGGUGUUCAAUGUAGGGAAGCAAGACAUCGUGAAUGUGAUAUUGCUGAAUUUUGUGAUGGAGGGUCACCAGAAUGUCCAUAUGAUGUAACUAUAAAGAAUGGACGUCUAUGUAGAAACAAAUAUCUGUGUUAUGAUGGAGGCUGCCAGGAUACAAAUGCACGUUGUGAGAUCACAUUUGGAAAAGGUUCAGAAAAUGCACCAUUUGCCUGCUAUGAAGAAAUACACUCUCAAGCUGAUAGGUUUGGGAACUGUGGUAGAAAAAGAGGUGAAUAUAAAUUCUGUGAAUUGAGGAAUCUUCAAUGUGGAAGAUUGGUUUGUACUUACCCUACUCGAAUUCCUUUUUUCAAAGAAAGUGGUGCUGUGAUUUAUGCUUUUGUUGAAAAUAAGUUAUGUGUAACCCUAGACUACCUGUCAGCUCAAUCAAAACAAGAUUCAAUGAGAAUCUUCAGCGGCUCUUUUUGUGAUAUAGGAAGGAUAUGUAUAAAUCAUGAAUGUGUAGAUGCAACUGACGUUGCAAAUGCAGCAGUCUUUUGUUCAAAGAAGUGCGGAGGACAUGGAGUAUGCAAUUCCAAUGAAACGUGCUAUUGCUUUGAGGGCUACCAGCCUCCAUUUUGUGAAAGGCGUGGCAGAGAAGUUUCUAGUUUGUCUGGGAAGCAGGAGGGUUUAACCAUGGGAAGAGCUCUUAGAAAGGCUGAAAAGAACCGGUGGCUUCUAGGUUUCUGCAUUGCUUUACCUGUUAUCAUCAUAGCAACCAUAAUAGCUGUUUCAUGGAAUAGUUCAAAAAAAUGGUUUGCCAAAGAAGAGGAGUCCCUAAGUAGCGACUCAGAAGGCAGCUCUCACACAUUUGCUAGCAGAUCUGGAUCAGAAAGCAGUCAAACAGAUACAGUCAGGUCAGAAAGUAGUGCUCAAACAUAUACCAGCAGUAACUAAUAAUUCCUUCAGAGGACAAUGGAUAUUACAGAGUGUCUCACUGAAAUGAAAAUUCCACCUUUCCUCCCUUGGUCACAGUCAAAGGAAACAAUAAACUGCAUGUG